AUGGUCACAAGCAUGAUCUUGUUGGGGAUCACCCUCUCGACGGAUGCUGCUUCACGAGAAGCUGCCAGCUGCUCCCAUCUCUCGAAGGGCGACGAUGCGAGCCUGUUGCAGCUCCGCCCCAGCCAAAACAUCUCAGCGCCCCAGUGCACUGCGAACAAAGAGGACCCUUAUGCUCACGGCUACCGCAUCAACUGCUGCGACGGACUUCAGAUGUGCUUGGGGAUUCAUGGCUCCGGCUGGAGCUACCGAUGCUACCAUGCAUGCGCCGUCUCCUGCACGGACGAAGGAGAGCGCACCCACGAGACGGGCAGCUACGUAGCCUGCUGUGAGGGGCUUCAGGAAUGCCCUGGGGACUGGCAGAUGAACGGUGAUGUCUCCGAUCGAUGCUAUCGGCAGUGUGACAUGGGCACCUAUCAUCCGCACUUCGACACCACACCGGAUCAUCUCAACAUCUCAGCCCGCGCACGCGGAAUCCGAGGCAACGGUGGCAGCAUCUCCGACAAUUUCUACCUGGUCAUCGGGGACAACGGAGGCUGUGACGGCGGCUGCUCAGGCUGCUGCGGCUGGCAGCAGCAAGUGGCAAGCAAGAUGAACGCCUACGUGAAGCAGCGGAAGCAGCGGAAUCCCAACUCGACGUUGCUCUUCGUGCUGUUGGUGGGGGACAACUUCUACUGGAUGGGAUGCAGCCCAGGGCGGUUCGAACCCACUUGGCGCAGCGUAUACAGAGAGUUGGCCGAGUACCCUUGGUUUGCCGUCUUUGGGAACCAUGACUAUGGCAAUGACGACCCCAAGUGCCUCUGCCCCUUCUUCCAUGAGCGGGUGCGCUGCGGCCCGAACAGUACCCGUGCUGAAUAUUCGUAA